UUGCUCAGUACAGUAGACGCAGCUCAGAGGACCUUCAUUCACUAACUGGGAGACUUUGGGAGAGGCUGCAACAAUCCCUGUGUCUUUAAGGAGUGACGGUGGAUAACAACAGGAGCUCAUUUCUGCUUUCAGGAUUGUUAGAGUCUCCUGUGCUACAGUAUGGAGCCAAACAGUCCAAAGAAGAUUCAGUUUGCAGUGCCUUUAUUUCAAAGUCAAUUAGACCCCGAGGCAGCUGAACAGAUCAGAAGGCGAAGACCAACCCCAGCUUCACUGGUUAUUCUUAAUGAGUCAUCACCAGAAGUAGAUGAAAAGAGGGAGAACAAUCCACAAGGUGAGAAUGCCGAGAUGUCACCUCAACAGAGAAAGAAGAGUGUAUAUACACCUCCGACAAUGAAAGAACUUCAGUUGCUGGUGGAGCACCAUCUUCAGAAACAGGAACAACCGGAGCAGGAUUACUCUGAAAGUGACACCAGCUGUCUAGAUGAGCUCAGCCCAAUGAUGACUGAGUGCUGUCACAGCAAUGGAGCCCCUGCUUUCUUGGCAGACACAGACUGGGGCCCACUGAACUGCUGUGAACACAUCAGCAACCAAACAGGCAUCAAACUGCUACUAAAUGCUGAGGACCACCCAGGCAACAGAUCUAUUGGUGUUACAGGAGCAGAACAGGUAGUUCCCCUUAAAUGUAAUGAUGAGGUGCCUCAUUCGUUCUCAAGGAGUUCACAGCAGCAACAGACAGAAACAGACACAGAUGAGCAAACUUUGAAACCACGGCGGAAAGACACUCCCUUUCAGCACCAGCCACCACUCAUGACAGGGGUGAAACAUCUAAGGACUCAUAAUGAGACGCCAUUCCUUGAGGAGGAAGAGGCAGCGACUGAAAGAGAAGAGGACUGGUCACAAAAGACUAACUUGUGAGCAGCUGAAAGGGAGGUAUAAUGUAUCUGAACUGAGAAAUCUUUCAAUAUGCGAUCAUCCUGCUUCAAAUCUAAUGGAUGUUUCCAGGCCUUCAGUACAUUACCUGAAAAGUGCUGAAUGCUUACAAAUCUAAUAGUAGGAAUCCAUGUUAGACUUUGGUCCAGGACAUAAUUCUUUCAUGUCUCACAGAAUCUGAGGAAUACAUGUGAUAUGAUGUAUAGAACCAAAGACCAAACCUCUGUCUCACAAGUAAAUUCACUUUGUAGUCAUCUUGCCAAUAGAAAUAAUAUUGAUAUUAUUGGUAUUGUAAAAUGAUUAAUGUUUACUAUUCUACUAUGUGAUGUGAA